CAUUUUUCUUUCACCCACAUUCGCUUCAUUGACUGAAGAUCCUUCUUUCCUGUCCUUAACAACAAAAAGUCGACUCAUUCCGCUAGUCGGUACAACUAAGCUUCUGACCUUGCGAGCUCCCGCUGCUUGUUUUCUUCUCCAUCGCUACAUACGCACAACUCAGCUUCGAAGAUGUCUUCCUUCACCUCCAAGGGUCUCCUUUCCGCCCUCAUGGGCGCGGCAACGGUUGCCGCCCACGGUCACGUCACCAACAUCGUCAUCAACGGCGUCUCAUACCAGAACUUCGACCCAUUCACGCACCCUUAUAUGCAGAACCCUCCGACGGUUGUCGGCUGGACCGCGAGCAACACGGACAACGGCUUCGUCGGCCCCGAGUCCUUCUCUAGCCCGGACAUCAUCUGCCACAAGUCCGCCACCAACGCUGGCGGCCAUGCCGUCGUCGCGGCCGGCGAUAAGGUCUUCAUCCAGUGGGACACCUGGCCCGAGUCGCACCACGGUCCGGUCAUCGACUAUCUCGCCGACUGCGGCGACGCGGGCUGCGAGAAGGUCGACAAGACCACGCUCAAGUUCUUCAAGAUCAGCGAGUCCGGCCUGCUCGACGGCACUAACGCCCCCGGCAAGUGGGCGUCCGACACGCUGAUCGCCAACAACAACUCGUGGCUGGUCCAGAUCCCGCCCAACAUCGCCCCGGGCAACUACGUCCUGCGCCACGAGAUCAUCGCCCUGCACAGCGCCGGCCAGCAGAACGGCGCCCAGAACUACCCUCAGUGCUUCAACCUGCAGGUCACCGGCUCCGGCACUCAGAAGCCCUCCGGCGUCCUCGGCACCGAGCUCUACAAGGCCACCGACGCCGGCAUCCUGGCCAACAUCUACACCUCGCCCGUCACCUACCAGAUCCCCGGCCCGGCCAUCAUCUCGGGCGCCUCCGCCGUCCAGCAGACCACCUCGGCCAUCACCGCCUCUGCUAGCGCCAUCACCGGCUCCGCUACCGCCGCGCCCACGGCUGCCACCACCACCGCCGCCGCCGCCGCCACCACUACCACCACCGCUGGCUCCCGGUGCUACCGCCACGCCCUCGACCGGCGGCUCUCCUUCUUCCGCCCAGCCUGCUCCUACCACCGCUGCCGCUACCUCCAGCCCUGCUCGCCCGACCCGCUGCGCUGGUCUGAAGAAGCGCCGUCGCCACGCCCGUGACGUCAAGGUUGCCCUCUAAAAGAAAAGGUCAGACAACCAAUCAGUGGAUAUCAUUCACGUUAUUCCUUUUUUUUUUUUUUUUUGCACCGCGGUGCGGUCUCUUUGUGUGGAAGCUUGGCUCAUCACCUCGCCUGCUCGAGGAAGACGGCCGUUUUUGCUCCACUGGGUCGUUCACGGCUUGAUGCUCCCUCUCGAUGUCGUGAAACGUCGACGACGCAAAAGUUCGCUUAUAUACGUUUGUAUAUAUAUUGGCUUUGUUCUGCCUUUUUUUUUCGUGUAUGAUAUCUUCUGAGGAGAUGAAGGGGAGUUUUCGAUAGAUGGAAUCAAGCGGCUGCCUAGGUCUGCGAGGCCAUGGCUGGUUAUUCUAUCUUUUUUUCCAAAGUGUCAAACGUCUUCUCUGUGCUAGGUACUAUGGUCAAGGUACAUGCUACCAUACGUAAUUAUCCGAUGUGAACCUCUUGUAAUUGCCAGCUCGGGACAGGUGCAUCAUGUAUAUACUGUACAAAUACGAAGUACUCAUGCCCAACUUAUGAGCACCUAUUAGUCAUUAUCUUGAGCUAUUACCUGUUGUUUUUGGCCUCAACUUUUACUCCAUUUGCAAGAGCUGAUUGCGC